CCAUUCACUUCCAUUGUAUGGACCUGCAGAGCUGAGAUAUUCUUCUAAAAAUCUUUGUUUGUGUUCUGCAGAAGAAAGAAAGUCAUACACAUCUGGGAUGGCAUGAAGAUGAGUAAAUGAUAAACAUUAAAUGUUUAAUCAGUCCAUUUUUUAAAAACAUUAUACACUGGAUUUACCGCUCAUACAUCGUCAUGACAAUGAAGUUGUUUGAUGCACACAGAAAAGCAGAAUAUGUUUUGCUGACUCAUGCUGGCUACUUCCUGUGUCGUGAUAUGCGCUCAGACUCGCAGCUACUGUAAACUGUCAUGAUUCCCAUCACUGAACUGCGGUACUUCGCUGACACACAGCCGGCAUACCGAAUUCUUAAACCAUGGUGGGAUGUGUUUACAGACUACAUCUCCAUCGUAAUGCUGAUGAUCGCAGUGUUCGGUGGCACGCUGCAGGUCACGCAGGACAAAAUGAUUUGCCUGCCAUGCAAAUGGGUCAUGAACCAGACCUGCCAAAAACUCAACGCCAGCGUGCCUCCCGAUUCUGAACCAAAGGGCAUCAAAUAUGACCUCGACAGACACCAGUACAACUACGUGGAUGCUGUAUGUUAUGAAAACAAGCUCCACUGGUUUGCAAAGUAUUUCCCGUAUCUGGUGUUACUCCACACACUGAUUUUUCUAGCUUGUAGUAACUUCUGGUUUAAGUUUCCUCGGACCAGUUCGAAGCUGGAGCAUUUCGUGUCGAUUCUACUGAAAUGUUUCGACUCGCCGUGGACGACGAGAGCGCUGUCUGAGACUGUGGUGGAGGAGAGUGACCCAAAACCGGCAGGGAAGAUGAAUGGAUCGAUGGACAAGAAAACAUCGAGUGUCAGUGACCAGGAUGUGGAGGCAAGUGUUCCGAUGCUGCAAAGGACAAAGUCUCGGAUUGAACAGGGUAUCGUGGACCGCUCUGAGACGGGUGUCUUGGAUAAGAAAGAGGGAGAGCAGGCUAAAGCACUGUUUGAAAAGGUGAAGAAAUUUCGUAUCCACGUUGAAGAGGGAGACAUCGUACACCAUCUUUACAUCCGCCAAACAAUCAUCAAAGUCAUCCAGUUCAUCUUUAUCAUCUGUUACACCGUGUACUACGUUCACCACAUUCAGUUCAGCGUAAAGUGUAUCGUGGACAUCGAGCGGUUGACGGGUUAUCGCAUGUACCACUGUGCUCAUCCGCUCGCGACUCUCUUUAAGAUCCUGGCCUGCUUCUACAUCAGUCUGGUGGUGGUUUACGGCCUCAUUUGCAUGUACACGCUCUACUGGAUAAUUAGCCGCUCGCUAAAACGCUAUUCUUUCGAGUCGAUCCGUGAGGAAAGCAGUUAUAGCGACAUCCCGGACGUGAAGAACGAUUUCGCCUUCAUGCUGCACAUGAUCGAUCAGUAUGACCCGCUGUACUCGAAGCGUUUCGCUGUUUUCCUGUCAGAAGUUAGCGAAAACAAACUGCGACAGCUGAACUUGAAUAAUGAGUGGACUCUGGAGAAACUCCGGCAGAGAAUCACCAAGAACUCUCAGGAGAAACUGGAGCUGCACCUUUUCAUGCUGAGCGGAAUUCCGGAUACAGUGUUUGACCUGCUGGAAUUGGAGGUGCUGAAAUUGGAACUAAUCCCUGAUGUAACGAUCCCACCCAUUAUUGCUCAGCUGUCCAACCUGGUGGAGUUGUGGCUUUACCACACACCGGCCAAAAUCGAGGCUCCUGCUCUGGCCUUCCUGCGAGAGAACCUCAAAUCACUACACAUCAAGUUCACAGACAUUAAAGAGAUUCCACUGUGGAUCUACAGCUUGAAGAACCUCAGCGAGCUCCAUCUCACUGGAAACCUCAGUGCAGAGAACAACCGAUUCAUCGUCAUCGACGGCCUUCGAGAGCUCAAGAGGCUUAAAGUUCUGCGCCUGAAGAGCAAUCUCACUAAACUGCCUCAGGUGGUGACAGAUGUUGGCGUGCACCUGCAGAAACUCUCUAUCAAUAACGAAGGGACCAAACUGAUGGUUUUGAACAGUCUGAAGAAGAUGGUGAACCUGACGGAGCUGGAGCUGCUGCGCUGUGAUCUAGAGAGGAUCCCUCACUCCAUAUUCAGCCUGCACAAUCUACAGGAGAUUGAUCUGAAGGACAACAACUUGAAGACCAUCGAGGAGAUCAUCAGCUUCCAGCAUCUCCACAGACUGGUGUGUCUGAAACUCUGGUACAACCAGAUCGCCUACAUCCCCAUCCAGAUCGGCACCCUCACCAACCUGGAGCGACUCUACCUGAACCGAAACAAGAUCGAGAAGAUCCCAGCACAGCUGUUCUUCUGCAGGAAGCUGCGUUACCUGGACCUCAGUCACAACAACCUGACCAGCAUUCCUCCAGACAUCGGCUUCCUGCAGAACCUGCAGUACUUUGCAGUUACUGCAAACAGAAUCGAGACGUUGCCUCCCGAGUUGUUCCAGUGUAAGAAGCUGCGGACGUUGAAUCUGGGAAAUAACUGCCUUACAGUGUUGCCAUCACGUUUCGGGGAGUUGACGGGCCUCACGCAGCUGGAGCUCCGUGGGAACCGGCUGGAGGGGUUACCGGUGGAGCUCUCCGAAUGUCGCCUUCUCAAACGCUCCGGCUUGAUCGUUGAGGAAGAUCUCUUCAACACCUUGCCACCAGAGGUCAAAGAUCAGCUCUGGAGAAGUGAUAAAGAACAAGCCUGAGAGAAUGUGGUCCUUCGCCUUUUCUUUUAAUUCAAAUUUUUUUUAAAUUCUUUUUAUUAGAGUAAGGGUUAGAUUGUCGUCCGACACGAAAAAGAGGGCGUAUGAAGGAAAGUUAUGGACAGAACUGUGCCAUCUCUCUGUAGACACACACAGAUACACACACUAGAAAGGGAUAGUUCACCCCAAAAUUUUAAAUUGACAUUAUUUACUCACACUCAUGACAUUCCAAACCCGUAUGACUUUCUUUCUUCCACAGAAUACAAAAGGAGAUAUUUUGAAGACAUUCAAGCUAAAAGAAUGCAAAAGCACCAUAGAGAUAUCAUAAAAGUGGUCCAAGUUACAAGUUUUCUAAAGCUUAUAUAACUUUGUCUGAGAAAAAGACUAAAAUGUAAGUCGUUAUUCACUGAAAAUCUUAAACUACCAUCCUAACUCCGAUUCAUGAAUGAAUCGUUUUUUUUCCAGUCGGAUCUUUUCAAUGAAUUAGUUGGGACCAGAUUUAACUACCAUUUUCUGAAUUUCUAACUUAAGAAAAAAUGUACGAAUAUUUUUUAUUACCGGAAAAAUAUAAAAAAAAAUGUAAUAACUUCGUACGAAAGUUCAUCGUAAGACAAAUCUUAAGAAUUCAAACUCUCAAAAAAUGUCCUUAAAUCAUUGCAAAUAACAUCUUAAAGUUAGAAUAACCUCACAGUUGUCUUAAAUACCAAAAGGUAAAAUGUUUAAUAAAUUUACUGGGUUGUAUCAAACGUGACGAGUUAUAUCGUGUGAGAUGGAAGUCGCAAUGGGCUUUUUAUUUAGAAAUGUGAUUUUAGACCUAAACACAUUUGUGUUUGUGUAUUUUUAUUUUCAGCUUUCAAACCAUACAAAUGUUAUCAUGAAAUUCAAACAAUAAUUGUUGUUUUGAAGCUUCUUAACGUGGUGACCAAUCAUGCUAACCAAUUCAAACAUAGCGCUUUCUCUCCACGAUCUUUAGAGUCCAUAGAAACUAUGUUUAUAUCAUUAGAAAGCUAAGACUGUCCUUUUUACUUAAGUGCAUCAAACUCAAAAUGUAUUUCUGGAUCAAAGUGACUCAAAAUGAUGGAGAGGGUCACAAAUAUUAAGCAUUAUAACUAGGGCUGUCACUUGAUAAAAACAAUUAAUCAAAUUAAUUACAUGGUGUACCGAUUAAUUAAUUGCAUAUAUAAAUAUUUGCUGAGAAAACCCCUCAAAUAACAAUAAUUCAAUUUAUAAUGAUUAAAUAAUGAUAAAUGGUUAUUUAAAUAAUUACAAAUAAUAUAUACACGUGUGUGUGUAUGUGUGUGUGUGUGUGUAUAUAUAUAUAUAUAUAUAUGUAUAUAAAAAAUUAGUUUAUAAAAAUAGUAAUUUUCAGAUAAUUAAAAUGCAUUACAUUAUUGUAGCAGACGAGUUCAGCAUUGAUAAGACAACACAAAAAGUGGCUUUAGAAUCCAGUAUAUUGUUUAUUUGCAUAUUAUUGCACAUAAGUCAAUCAUUGGCCUACAGUUCACAUCAAUCCAUUUAACAGUUGAAUUUGUCAGUCAGUCCGAGAUUUAUUAUAAUGUCUUGUCUACGGACGCGUCAGUGCACACCUGCGUCAGACGGACGCUUUUGGAGCAUCUCACUUUGGUUGCGUUGCAUCAUAAACGUACCGUUUUUAGGUCGCUGUGUCAAGUUAAACGUAGUUUAAUACUUAGAAAUACACGUCUUGAGAUCCCUAAGUUCAGAUUUGCGCUCCAUCAAGCUGUUUUGAAUGCAAGAAUGCGUCCUCGUGUUGUGCUGUCUGCUGAAGGGUUGGUUUGUUCUCUGUAUAAGCUGCACGUUGCCUGUACAGCUGAAGUUUCGCUUACUGCCCCCUGGAGAAAACAGGUGGUACUUCAAACUUGAAUUGCUCAGGAAUCUUCCUUAUUACAGUCCGGGAUAUGAUUAAUUGCAUUAAUUUUUUAAACGCGUUAUUGUUUAUAGAAUUAAUCGCACUGAGUUAACGUGUUAAAACGACAGCCCUAAUUAUAACAUAAUAAUAUUCGCUACAUAUAUAUAUAUAUACACACACACACACACA